AUGCUGUCGCUUCGCACUGCCGUGCGGAGAGCCUCCAGCAAGCCCCUCCGCGCUCUUUCUACAUCGCACGCUGUUUCUCCUGCCAGACUCAGCUCUCCGUCUUCUCGUCAUGCCCUGAAAGCCUCUGCGACACCGUUGCUGCAGAACCGUCACUACUCUCGUGCGGCCGAUCCCCAGCUGUCGUCGACUCGGUCCACUGUCGUUCAGUUGUUGAGUAACAUUGGGUCCAAGCGCGAAGUUCAGCAGUACCUUUCGCACUUCACUUCGGUUUCCUCACAGCAAUUCGCCGUCAUCAAGGUCGGUGGUGCUAUUAUUACCGAUCACCUGCAAACCCUCUCGUCCGCCUUGGCCUUCCUUAACCAUGUGGGACUUUACCCCAUCGUCGUCCAUGGAGCAGGCCCCCAGCUGAACCGCAUGUUGGAAGAGGCAGGCGUUGAACCACAAUUCGAGGGUGGAAUUCGGGUAACGGACGGCAAGACAUUGGCGCUAGCUCGGAAGCUGUUUAUGGAGGAAAAUUUGAAGUUGACCGAGGAGCUGGAACGGAUGGGAGUGAGAGCCCGCCCGCUCACGGCCGGUGUGUUUUCUGCCGACUACCUUGACAAGGAAAAAUACAACCUGGUGGGGAAGAUUAAUGGCGUCGACCGCAAGCCCAUUGAGUCCGCCAUCGAGGCCGGAUGUCUCCCCAUCCUGACCUCCAUGGCAGAGACGCCCGACGGUCAGGUUCUCAACGUCAACGCAGACGUCGCGGCCGGUGAGCUCGCACGCUCCCUCCAGCCGCUUAAGAUCGUCUACUUGGCUGAGAAGGGCGGUCUGUUCAACGGUGACACGGGUGAGAAGAUCUCCGCCAUCAAUCUUGAUGAGGAAUACGAACACUUGAUGUCCCAGUGGUGGGUGCGCCACGGCACUCGUCUCAAGAUCAAGGAGAUGAAGGACCUCCUCAACGAUCUGCCCCGUUCCUCCAGUGUCGCUAUCAUCCACCCGGCUGAUCUGCAGAAGGAGCUGUUCACUGACUCGGGUGCUGGAACUCUGAUUCGCCGUGGCAACAAGGUGCACACCAAGACCGCCCUCUCGCAGUUCGAGGAUCUGCAGAGCUUCAAGGACGUUCUCGUCCGGGACCGUGAGGGCCUGGAUGCGCGCGCCACCGUCGACCGCUACGUUGACGGCCUUAACGAGCGGGAGUUCAAGGCAUACUAUGAUGAGCCCAUGGAGGCACUGGCCGUGGCGCUGCCCCCUCAACAAGGCUCUUCCUUGGCUCAUCUCUCUACCUUCACCAUCACCAAGGCUGGCUGGUUGAGCAACGUCGCCGACAAUGUGCUCGCUGCCGUCCGCAAGGACUUCCCUAAGAUGGCGUGGACCGUCAAGGAAGAUGAUGAGAAUCUGACCUGGUUCUUCGACAAGGCCGAUGGUAGCUUGAGCCGCGACGGAGACGUGCUCUUCUGGUACGGCAUCGAGAACGGGGACGAGGUCAAGCAAUUGGUGCAAGAAUUCAACAAGCACGGCCGUGACAUGUUCGGUGAAGUCAACCUCGAGUCCCGUCUCGUCCGCGCUGCUCAGGCUGCUGCCAAGCUAGGCAAGGGUGUCGGCGCCAGCGCCGCCUCUCUCGAGCAGACCCGUACCUUCUCGACCACCACUAAUGCCCUGCGCGCUGCCCGGUCGUCCUUCCGCCCGACUUUGAACGGCACCCGGACAUACGCCACCACGAACCCGAACCCUCCCCUUGGUGAGAAGAACAACUCCAACGCUCAGCCGUCCAAGGUUGCUCUGAUUGGUGCCCGUGGCUACACCGGCCAGGCACUCAUCAGCUUGAUCAACGCUCAUCCUCACUUGGACCUGCGCCAUGUCUCGUCUCGUGAGCUCGCCGGCAAGAAACUUCAGGGCUACGAAAAGCGUGAGGUCAUCUACGAGAACCUGAGCCCAGAGGAUGUGAAGCGUAUGUCGGAGAACGGUGAUGUGGACUGCUGGGUUAUGGCUCUGCCUAAUGGUGUCUGCGCGCCGUUCGUUGAUGCUGUGAACCAGGGCUCUGAGAAGGGCAAUGUUAUUGUUGACCUGAGCGCCGACUACCGUUUCGACAGCAACUGGACCUACGGUCUCCCUGAGUUGGUUAACCGGUCCCAGAUCGCUCAGGCAACCCGCAUUUCUAACCCCGGAUGCUAUGCUACCGCUGCUCAAGUCGGGAUUGCUCCCCUGGUUCCCUUCCUCGGUGGCCAGCCUACCGCUUUUGGUGUUUCGGGAUACUCCGGUGCUGGUACUAAGCCUAGCCCGAAGAAUGACGUUAACUUCUUGACCAACAACAUCAUCCCCUACAGCUUGACUGACCACAUCCACGAGCGCGAAAUUAGCACCCAGCUUGACACCAGCAUUGCUUUCAUUCCCCAUGUUGCUGUUUGGUUCCAGGGUAUUCACCACACCAUUAGCAUUCCUCUGAAGCGGGAGAUGACUUCUCGUGACAUCCGCAACCUCUACCAGGAGCGCUAUGCUGGUGAGAAACUUGUGAAGAUUGUUGGGGAGCCCCCUCUCGUCAAGGACAUUGCUGGCCGUCACGGUGUUGAGGUUGGUGGAUUUGCUGUCCACUCCAGCGGCAAGCGGGUUGUUGUCUGUGCUACCAUUGACAACCUGCUCAAGGGUGCCGCCACCCAAUGUCUCCAGAACAUGAACCUGGCCCUUGGUUACAGCGAGUACGAGGGUAUCCCGCUCGACUAG